CAGACACACACACCUGCAUACAGUCACGCAGACACACACACCUGCUGGCCGACGCUGGCCCGCCCCCCGGGGCAAGGUGAGAGAGCCACCGGUCGGUCGGUGAGUCGGUCGGUCGGCCAGCCAGUCGGCCAGGCUGGGAUCGCGCCUGCUCUCGCUCUGCCUCAUUAAGAACCGGCCGGAGCAGGACCCGGUCAGGACCGGGCUGAGCCCCGGCUUCCUCCAGCCCGGCCGUGGCAAGGAAAGAGAGAAGAGGAGGACGAGGAGGAGAAGGAGGAGGAAGAAGAGGAGGAGUGAACUGUCCUGGGUCCCAUCCGGGUCCCUGCUGCGGUCAGCUCCCAGUCCGGGGUCGCCCCAGCCCGGCCCGCUCAAGGCCAUGGCGGAGGACGCGUCUUUCCGCCCGGGCCUCAUUGUGCUGGGCGCGUUCCUGGUGGCCGUGGGCAUGUUCAUCAUGAGCACGGACCGCCCGCAGGUCUACAUCACCUUCUGCGCCGUGGGGGUCGGCCUGGUGGCCGUGGGGGUCGUCUGGAGCCUGUGCCGUUGCUACCCCAAGGUGACGUUUGUGCCCGCUGACUCCGACUUUGAGGCGUUGCUGGCGCAGAAGCUCCCGAGGCCCCCAGAGACCAGGUUCGUGGAGAAAAAGCCCCAGCAGCCCUAUGCCUGGCUGGAGGAGGAAGCCAGGCCAGCCCCUCCUCCCAUCAUCUUCCACCACCUCCAGCUGGAGCCUCAGGGCUCCGGAGGGCACUGGGGGGGCCGAGGGGCUGACCGGCCGGACCCGUGUGAGCCGGGGGACAGCGGUGCCCAGAGAUCCGUACAGGCUAGCGUGGAAGUCCACCAGGGCCCGGAUGGCAGCAGGAGAUGGAGCCAAGGCCCGGCAGAGGACUGCUGGGCAGCCCCCACCCACGCUCGGGCCCCUCUGGCCUCCUUCCUGGACGAUGAGGAUGUCUUCUCUUCGCUGGAAUCCCGCUGUAGCCACGCCGGCCUGCCACCCCCCAGGCAGCCCACCCCUGACCUCUACGGAGGCUUUGCCCUUAUCGACGCGAAGGAGGAGGUCCUUGUGUCCCCCGCCCCGCUCCCUGGGCCGGGCCCAGCGGGGGAUCCAGCGGCCACCCAGGAGGGGGGACCCGAGGAGGUGGGGAGUGGGGAGAAGGAGGAAGGGGAAGACAGGGAGGAGGACGGGGAUUUGUUUUACGGGCUGAGGGAUGGGGACGUCCUGGUGGACGGGGACUCAGAUUUGGAACUGGACGUUUAGGGGGUUGAGCGAGGGGUGGGAGCAGAGGACUCCAUGUGGGGCCAGGCCUUGCACAAAACCACAAAGCCUUUCAGUGUGUGUGGGACUCUAUGGGGGCUGGAGGCUCCCGCCCCUCUGCAGCAUGCCCUCAGUCAGCUGCUGACCCGGCCAGCUAAGGACUCUGUGUUUGACAGGCCCUAUGGGAUGCGCAGAGGAACUGUGAGCUGGUUACCUUCCUGGAGACCCGCUCUCAUGGUCAGAGAUGGACUAUUCGACACCCCUGACUCUUCCCCAGUGACCCAACACGAACCAUCCAACCCCCCCCCCCCGACUCACCCCUCUCCAACC